GCGGAGGUUUGUAAUGCUUAAAGAAAUGUUGUGGAAUUUCCUUUAACUACACUCAAGCGUGUGUUCAUGAAUGUAGUUAUCAAUGGAUUUUGAUACAUAAGAAUGCUGGAAGUGAAUCCAGUAGUCCAGACACAGACAGAGACUUUGAUCCUUCAGCAGAAAUGCUGAUUAAUGAUUAUGAUGAUGAACGAACACUGGAUGAAGAGGAAAAUAUGAGUGGGGAGAGUUUCACUAAUGAGUUGGAUGAACUUGAAAAGGAGGGUGAUAUGCCUAUAGACCAGCUGUUGGCCAUGUAUGGCUGUGGUGAGGCCACUGGGGGAUCUAAUGGUCAUCCAAGCAUCGUCAGUGGUUCAAGCCCUGAUGAUGAUGGAGAUGGCACCAUGAUGAGCACUGGUUCAGGAGACAAUGAUGGAGGCCAUGACAGCACCCGAUCUAGCAGCGAGUCAGAGAUACUGGAGAACAAUGACCUGACCUUAGAUAAAGAUGAAAUUGCCCGUGAUUUACUUGCUAACAAUGGGCCUGGUGAUGACACAGAGACAACAGUAACAGAUCUGCUGCAUGCAGUGUCAUCAUCUAGUACAGCACGCCUUUUGAGAUCUAACAGUCGUCCAGGAAGUGAAGCCUCAUCCGAUUCAGAGGAGGAUGUGGACUAUCUACCAGAAAAUGAUGAGGAUGGAAAGAAGAUGAUUCAGGUUGGUCAUGAUUAUCAAGCUACUGUUCCAGAAGGACUUAGUCUGUAUGGUGAUGCACCAGCUUAUGAGAAUGAAGAUCGAUUGUUAUGGGAUCCAACCAAAAUUGAUGAUGAAAAAUUGGAGGCGUAUUUGCGAGAUGUCCAUGCCCAGACAAUGAUGAAUGCAGUUGGUGUUGGUAUCAUUCCCACUGGCUGCCAUGUAAGAGAUGAUGAACAGGCUUUGUACUUGCUUCUGCAAUGUGGUCACAAUAUAGAGGAAGCAUUAAGACGACGAAAAAUGCAAGCUGUUCCUCCCUCAGAUCCAAUGAGUUUGUGGUCAGAAGAGGAAUGCAGAAAUUUUGAAAAUGGUCUACGAUUAUAUGGAAAAAACUUUUACUUGAUACAGCAGAAUAAGGUGCGGACAAGAUCGGUGGGAGAACUUAUCCAGUUUUACUAUCUGUGGAAAAAGACUGAGCGCCAUGAUGUAUUUGCAAACAGGAACAGACUAGAAAAAAGGAAAUACACGCUGCAUCCAGGAGUGACAGAUUACAUGGAUCGGUUCCUGGAUGAACAGGAAAAUGGAAUUGUGCCAGGUACUAUGCCUGGUCGAGAUCGCUCUGCCAGCCCUCUCACUUCUCUUAUUUAUGGGGAUCCAAAGCGCACACACCUGAAGCAAGAUGCUGACGAGGCCUCUGCUGCCACCUUCGAUCCCAUAGACCCACAACCCAUCACCAGCAUUGGCACGGCAACAAACAGUGUUGCGCUAAUGCCUGCUGGUGCAAGCGGUAGCAUCACUGCAGAAGCCAGCUUCAGCGCCAGUGCUGGAGCCAGUGCUGCCUGCCCUAGCAGCAGUGACAACCAGCAUUGCAAGCGUGGACUGGAGGAAAUUCAGGACCCCAAAGGAGACGCUAGUGUUCGUGGUGACAUGAAUGGCAACACAGAAGACUCUGGCACAAGUGCCACUGAGCCAGUGCCAAAGAAGCUGAAAAGGGACAAAGGGGAUGUGGGGGUUGAAGGGAGGAGUCUAGAACAGCCAGAUGUAGCACAGCGAGCAGACUUAAAACACUUGGACACCGUUUCUCUCCCUGCUUUGCAGGUUAUACCUGGCAGUGCUUUAAGAACGGCCGACCUCCCAACGUCCACUGACAGUUUCUGCAGGGGCAGUCGAGCAACAGCUGAAUCAUUGAGCCAGUGACAGUGGACAGUGUGGUAUCCAUUCCAACAGAAGUCUAAUGUUUGUGCUACAUUUGAAAAGGAAAAGUAUGCUUCAUUGUGCAAUAAUGGAAGAGCAUUGGGGAGAAGACCCGUUGUGCCCAAACAUCUCCAGAGAUGUGAGCUGGCCGUGUAAUGGAGAGAUGGGAAGCAAACAUAGAAAUUUGCCAAAUAAUAGAGUUGUGCCUGCCCUGGGCAGGAAUCGAAAAAAGUCUGUGCAAUCUUCAGAAUUUAUGGUGGCUUAUACUCCCCUCCCACCCCACUCUUUAACUUCCUCUCCAAUCAAGGCAAAGGUUGAGACAAUGGGAACCUAGUGGAAGUGUGAAUUCUUUAUCUGGAAAUACGUUUACCUGUAAGUCAUGUGUUAAACACAGAGGAGGAUGUUCAGCAAUGCAGCACAACACCAAGUCAAGAUUGUGGCUGUGAGAUCUCCAGGGUGACACUGUCAUAUACACUGUUCAAAUCAUGGUCACAUUCACAUACGUUAAGUAGAUUUUUAUCUGUUUUCACUUCUUUUAUGGGACAACAUCAUUGGGCAUACAAGGACCCUUCCUCUACUUUCUGUUCCCUCUUCCCUCUUCCCUCCAUCCCACUGUCACACAUCUACCUGAUUUUUUGAAAAUAUGUUCAUGACAUAUAGUUAUUUAGUUGCCUAUAGUUACAGCUCUGAAAACUGAACUUGUAUACUUUGGCUUAUACUUUCCCCAAACUAACCCUUUCCUUCCUAUUUUGUGAUGCUUUCAAGAUGGUUCUUUAAAUCAAACAUUACAAUUUGAAAAUCAGAGUGGGAAAUCUUAGAAAAGGUCUAUAUUUAUCCAUUUUUACACAGAUACAAUUAAGUUAUAGUGAUUUUUUUUCUAUUUUUACUGUUGUAUUAGAUAAUUAUUAUUUAAUUCUCUAAUAAUCUACAGUUUAGCUGUGCAGUUGCCAUAUAGAAAAUUUGUGACAGAAGAUGUUCAUCCUACACUUUAGCACAGCGCCUAAGCAGUUUCUGAUUGACAGGAUACUUAUGUAAUCAAUAUUGAAUAACUGGCUCGAUGCUAAGAAUACUAAACUGUUAAAGAGCAUUUGGUAUGUCCAGCAUUGUGGAGGUAUAGGGGAAAAUUGUUCUGCAGUCUUGUUUUAGGAUAUGGUAAAGCUUCACAUUGAAGUUCACACCCUACCUUCUGCCACAUAAACUUACUGUGUACAUAACAAUUAUUUCCAGUUGUUAAUGGCAUUGGCACUUUUGACAGCAAGUGCAUGAUUAUUGUGUUACACUGAAAGAGUGGGCAUAUCUGCAUUUGUGCACAAUAUGAUGUGUAUAGGCCUUAAUAUUAGCAGGUCUUAGGAAAUGGCAAAAAGAGUGCAGACAUAUUGUAGAGGCCUUCAUUUCUAACACUGCCAUUUAGACCUUGAGAGAACGAAGAAGAGUUGGGCUGCUAAUGAGCCAUGCAUCGUGCAAUUUGCAGGAAGCACAAGCUAUUCGAAUCCUUUGGGUCACAUGAUGACAGACAUAAUAGGAAACUGUUUCUUUAUCUGCUGUUUGAACCUGAAAAUGACAGGAUGUUUACAUUUAGUGAAAGACAGAAGGACCGUGGGAUAAAAUUGGAUGCAGAGGUUGAUAACCAAUGUGAAUAAGGUCUUCUAUGGUCCAUUGUUUUGAGAGAAGACAAAAAGAAAAAACUGUUAUAAGUGGUUGUGUGGUGUGUGCAUCCAUGUUACAUAUGUGAUCAUUGACACUGAGUUAUCCAAAUGCCUGCAUCCAAUUUUUUUGUCUGUUUUUCUGGAACUUUGUUCCUUACCAUAAUGGCUGGGAGUGGUCUGGGGUUUACUAAAGAAGGUUUACAGUUUUGAAGGGAAGAGGAUAUUUACAAAUUCUUAAUCAGAAUUUGAGAAAAUUUAUACUUUUGUUUCCCAGACAAAUCACUCUUCUCAUAAAAUGAAAUGGGAUGGGUAUUUUUUUUUUUUUUAAGGGUUUGUUGGAAGAGAGGGCAAGUUGACUUGUCUAGUUAUCACAUUAAUUGAAUUACUGUAGAAAGGGAGGGAGACUGUUCACCUUACUCAUCUUACCAAUAUUUGACACUACGAUUAGGUGUAUUCAUGCAAAUGUGUGCAUAUGUAUGUACACACAUGCGUAUGUGCAUAAAUGAAUAUAUGCCUUUGCUAGUCUUCGAUAUACAGAUUGCAGAGGCUUAAGAGUCAUGAUGCUAUUUAUCGUUAACUUUAUAAACACCAUUUGAGUCAUCCCAUCAUUUUUAUUGUAAAACCAGCAAAGAAUGAAAUUUUCAAAAUUCUCUUCAGGGUGACAGGGGUACAAUUAUCCAGUAGAAACCAUAACGGUUAUAAGACUAGAUGAUAAAUAAGCGCCCUGUCUUUUUUUUUUUUUUUUUUUUUCAUGAAGAGAUGUAUCCUAGGAUAUAAUGAAAUUGAAUCACUGAGCAUGAUUUUUGUGGCAUUGUAAGAUAAGUGUGCAUGUGUGUUUAGUACUUGCAUUUGGAAGACAACAUUCAUUUGGCAGUGCCAAGUCCAUUUUAUAAACAGAGAAUCAGCAGCCUGUAUUGAAUUUGAAAUUAUUGCAUCAUAUAUUUUUUUUAACUCCUGGUGUGUAAGAGCUGAUCAAUAGGCACAGGCACAGGCACUGGCAUGGGCAGGUAUGUAUAAGUGGUUCAAAGGUGGACCAUCAUUAAUUUAUAACAUAAUUAUGAAUACAGUAUUCCACUGCCAGACAUUUGCCUUAAAAAUAGUUUCUUGCAUAUUUAUACCGCAUCUUCAGCUAUUUGUGAUUAUUAUUAAAAGAGAUUAUUGUUAUUAUUUUUAAGAGAUAUUUUCAAUAAAAGGAUUUAAAAAUUUUGUAAUCAGUUAAAUAAGUCUGUCUCAAAUGCCCUGACAAGCUCCAUUUGAAAAAUUCAUUGGAAUUUAUCAUAGCAGCUAACUGAUGAAAUAUUUAAACUUCUAUACUAUAUUGUUCCUGGGUUUAGUAAAGUCUUCAUUAUAUUAUUUUUGGGUUUGAUGACUGAAAGUACAAGUGACGUCUGCCAACAUUCCUGAUGUGAAGAUUAGGUUAACGUUACACCCAAUCAAAUAUCAUUUGCUUCAGUCAUUGUGUUAAGAGGCUUGAUGAAAAGUGAAUAAAAUAUCUGUCAUUAGUAGGAAGUUAAUGGCUCUAUAAUUUGCAAAAGUAUAUUUUGACACUUGUUAUUGAUGCUAAUACACAAGAUAUAUAGGAUUCAGUACAAUAUUGCUUGUCAGUUUUGUUACCAGCCAGAUAGCACUGAAACAACAGAGAUACAGCAGUAUGUUUUCUUUAUAUAGAGAGAAAACUGUUCCAAUACUUUAAUUACUGUUUAAAAUUUAACACUUGAUGGUUAUGGUUUUGAGGGUCUAUGCUAAAUAUUACCUCUAGCAGCAGUGUUUGUUUAUCCUGGCCUAGGGUGACAACUUCAUGGUAGGAAAACUUUCACAGGGCUUCUGCUUACGCAAAAAAUUGCGUACAGUAUGCAUUAAAAGUUCAGAGGACCCCUUCAGUUUCCCUCAAUGGGGUCCCCUUCAAAUUUGGGCGAAGAACAGGGACCCCUUAAAAAUCUGAAGAAUGGGUCCCUGGUACCCCAAAGAAUUUAGCCUUAGCAGAAGCCCUGCUUUCAAUCUGUCUCUUCUGUGAUGUUCACAAUCACCUGUAUUUUAUGCACAUUGUGUGUGUGUGUUAAAGAUGCUAGCUGGCUUUAAAGUAGUUCUGGAUUUUUUUGCUCACAUCUCAGAAGGGUGUUUGUCCACAAAGCAGAAAUGCAGCAAUGUGGAAACACAUAUCCUUCAGUAACAGCUCUAUUCUUGUGGGACAGAUUAGUGGGGAAUUAAUUGGAAAACAAAAAGUAGUAUUAAGGUAUGAUUUAAAUGGAGUGUACCAUAGAAAAAGUAAAAUUUGGGGAGAAAUAGACAAACCAAGUGUCAUUUUAAAAUUUGUUUGCUAUCAUUUGCACUGCUUUUUAUUCUGAUUUUCUUGUCUGUUAAGUUUAAUAUUGCUCUUUACUGUGUUUGUUUUUUACUGAUUUAAUAGAUAUUGCCUUUAUAAUGAUAAGUAGGUUAAAAGAAGUGGUGCAACAGAUUUAAGACUGGUGAAUAUUCAGAUACUUUGCAAAGAAAUCACCCUGUCGUCAUCAAUCAUGUGUCAAACACACUUAUCUGUUAACUCACCAAUGGUAAGUAGAAUUUUAAAUACUCAAAGCUGUAAAUUACUGAGGAAGAUAUUGUCUGCCAGUUCUGUUGUGGUCUGCAUUUCUAACAAAGAUUUUUGAGGCAACCUGAUGUUAACUGUUAAGCAUUUGUUUCACAAAAAAUUGGAUCAGUCUGUUUCUGUGUGUUCCUCUAGCAUUCCCAUCUAUCAUUUAAGGUUUUGUAUCUUUGUGGUGGGGUGGAUGAAGAGGCUUGUUGCGUUAAUACUUUUAUAGUUGUUUACAAAACAAAGGACUGUCGAUGAGAUAACAGUACUCAAAAUGUUGACUACCAAGAAUCAAAAGUUGUUUUGUGCUAAUAUGUGUGUGUGCAUGCACUCUAAAACAGUGAAAGAAUGUCAAAGAUACACAGAAUGAAAGAGAAAUCAGGGAAGCAUUCAGUUGUUAGGUUAAGGUUUUGUCUUAGAGCCUUUGUAUGAAAUGGAAUGGUUUGAAAAUGAAGGUGGCAUAUUGAUUAUAUUAUGUGGAUGAUUUAUCUACUGUUUUAACAACUUGUCCUCGUAAUAUCAUUGAGGUUAGUUAUAUGACUGAAUCAGUCUCAGAAUAAAUGACUGAAGCUUGC